AAACAUACCCAACAAAAAGUCAAAAUAAUUUUUUAUCUCACAAAAAUUUCAAUCAAAUGACAAAGCAGCUACAAAAAAUAUCCAAUUUGCAGUCGAAUUUGCGAUAUAAAAAAUAAAUUUUCACAUAAAUAAUAAAUUCGACUCAAUGGCUUUAUCAAAUAAAAAUAUAUUAGCAGCUAUGCUUGAAAGGGCAACAAAUCCAGCAGCCGAAAAUGUCGAUGAACUUGCGGUGCAAAUAUUCUGUGUGACAGUUCGCAAUGACCCUAAUCUUAUUCACGAAGCAAUGUCCUUAAUAGUAUCCAAAAUUCAAUCUUCUAAUGUAACACAAUCUAUUCGCGGCGUAUCGCUGUUGGAAGAAUGUAUGGACAAAUGUGGUAGCACAUUCCAAGAUGAAGUUUCAAAAUUUCGUUUUUUAAACGAUUUAAUUCGAUUAGUGUCUAAUAAGUACCAAGGUAAAAAGACACCAACUCAAAUACGCGACAAAAUCAUGGAUUGUCUUUUGCUCUGGACAACCGAAUAUCCAGAUAAAAUAAAGAUCAGGGAAGCAUAUGAUUUGUUGCGUAAAGAGGGUACAGAUCAUGGAUCUGUGCCUGUAAUGAGUACUGUAAAAAAGGACACUAUUAUGGGUAUUGACGAGGAGAAAUUCCGUAAACUUGUGCAAAGUAAAAACGCUGAUGAUUUCAAAAGAGCUAAUCUUUUGGUUCAAGCUAGAGUUAAUCAAGAUGCAAAAAGAAUGGAACUCAUGUGUCGGCAUAAAUCUGAACUUCAGGAAAUUAAAAACACAGCAUCGCUUUUAAAUCAAAUGCUAGAUUCCUUUGAACAAAAUUCAUCAGGCGAAGAAGGAGAAACUGUUAAUCUAAUCAAGGAACUUUAUGAUUCAUGUGAAAAUUAUGUACCCAUUAUUGAAAGACUGCCAGAACUAAUCGAUAAUACAAAUGAAAAAUUGAUUGAUGAAACAAUAGAAGUAAACGAUUACCUGCAGGCAGUUAUUGAAAGAUACAAAGCAAUUUUUUUGAAAAAUAAACCACCAAAAGCAUCAUCUCUAUCAUCGACUACUGCUCAACCAUCAACCGCCAUCACAACAUCGGAUCUUUUAUCCGGUUUACUUGCUCAGCCUGAACCAAUUAAACCAACUUCAGCUGAUAAGGCAAUCGAUUCAACUCCCAAUCCACUCGAUGAGUUGAGUGAAAUUUUUGGAAAUAUGGAGAAUUCAACUUCGAAAAUUCAAGCCUCUUUGUUUGAAAAUAUGAAUCUUUUAGAACCAAGUACUGUCCUUCUAGAAGUUGAACAACCUCAAAAUGAAAAGAACAACGAUCUGACAUCUUCAAAAUAUGACUCACGUAAGCUAACAGCUAUUGAUAUAAUGAGCGAGGAAUUACUUAAAGCAAGUCUUCAAAAUUCUGAAAGAAUGUGUUCUUUUAAAAAAGAACCGGAAAGAGUUUCCCUAAAUGAUCUGGCGAAAGAAAAAACUAUGAUCGAUUCCACUUUACCGUCAGCAGCUAAUCUUGCGAAAAAAGUUGAAUCAGUUUUACUAAGUCCAACUCUUCCUAAAAGCGAGAAAAUAUCUGAAGAAAAGGAAAAACCGCUCGACGAUAACUCCUUUGAGAAUAAUUCCAAAGAUGAACUUAUUUUAGGCGAACCAGAGAUUGAAAAAUCCGACCAGAAUACUGAUAAAGAGGAAAAUUUGCCAGUUGUUCACUUGGCAGACAUACAAAUAGACUUAGAUGAUGUUUGUCCUACGACUGAAAAGCUGCUACUCGAUGACGAUAUAAAAGUCACACUGAACUUUACAUCGAACAGACCAAGCCCGAAUGUGUCGGUUAUUGUAGUUUCGGUAACGAAUCAAAGCAAAUUGCCUGUAACCAGUUUUCAUUUUGAUGCCAGCGUUCGAAAGCCAAGCAAAGUGAGACUAUUGCCUGCAACUGGGGAUUCUAUGCCUGGGGCAAAACCUUUUCGACCGGCAACACCAAUUAAUCUGAUAAUGCUGCUUUUGAAUCCGACAAAAUCCGAUGUUGAUGUUACUUGCAUUGUCGGCUACAAGUUGGGUGAUGACCCGGAUCCAAUAAAAGAAUCAAUUGUUGCAAAGAACAUUGCUUACGUUGACUAAAUCUACUCGAUUCCACUCACAUCUUAAUUUACAAUAAGAGUUAUUCUAUAUACAUAGUUUAAAAAAAAAUUAUAAUUUAUUUAAAAAAUGUUUUAAUUUUGUGAUUUAUAACAUAAAGCAAGGCUUGGAAAUUUA